CCCGUCGUUCAUUACCACACACUGUCGUUCCUCAGAUUCCCCGAGCGCAUACUCCAGAAGAAGCCGUUCCUGACAUGAACUCCUCCGUCGACAGCACGCCUGCGUCCUCUCCUGGCAUCUCCAGGUCAACCACUCCAGGAACCGAGAAAGAAGUACUAUUCGCCCCUCUCUCACAUUCACACAACGAGCAGUAUGUUCUCGUCACCGGCGGACUGGGUUUCAUCGGUAGCCACACAGUAGUUGAGCUUCUAAAAGACGGCUACAACGUUCUCAUCGUCGAUGACCUAAGUAACAGCGUGCCCGAUGUGUUUGACCGCAUUCUCAAAACCGCACAUAUGCACUUCGCCAAGAUUGGCAAACCUUGCCCCAAAGCCCGCUUCUGUAACAUGAACUACAGCGAUGAGGAGGCUAUGCGCGACUUGUUAGAGACCUACACACCACCAAGCUCUAGCAUGAUGUACUCUUCAAACGCACCACAGUCAAACAUCAUCGGCGUCAUUCACUUCGCGGCCUUCAAGGCCGUGGAGGAAUCUAUUCGACAACCCCUACGCUACUACAACAACAACAUCACUGGCCUACUCGCAUUCGUCACUAUUCUGGAUGAGUUCAACAUCAGGACAUUCAUCUUCUCCUCCAGUGCCGCCGUCUAUGGAACGCAGGCAGAUGGUUCAAAGCGCCUCCGUGAAGAGCACUGCGUACACGAGAACCAAAAAUACGUAGACGUCGAUGGUAUCGAAAAGUUGUCCCAACCAGGAUACAUAGGCAUUACCAGCCCAUACGGCAGGACCAAAUUCUUUGGCGAGGCCAUCCUGUCAGACCUUGCCACCAGCGACUCAGCCUGGAACAUCGUCGCGCUGCGCUACUUUAACCCUGUGGGCUGCGAUAUCGAGGGGUUGCUCGGCGAGGAUCCCAAGGGUGUUCCAUCCAAUCUACUCCCUGUUGUCGUCAAGGUUAUGACCGGUCAGCUCCCAGAACUUCAAGUCUACGGCAACGACUGGGACACUGCCGACGGCACUGCCAUCCGAGACUUCAUCCACGUCACCGAUCUUGCAAGAGGGCACACGGCGGCGCUGCGCGCCGCUCGGGCAGGCCAUGUCCCCGCUGGAUUCCGUACUUUCAACCUGGGAGCCGGUCAGGGCAACUCAGUCACAGAAGUUGUCAACACCAUGCAAGGUGUUUCUCAGUUGAAGGUGCCCAUGAAGAUCGUCGCAAGGAGAGAUGGCGAUGUACAGGCUUCGAUCGCGGCUGCUGAUCGUGCGAGGGCGGAGUUGGGGUGGUGGACCAACAGGACACUUCUUGACGCGUGUCGCGAUACGUACCACUACCUGAAAAUCCGGAAUACUGUUUGA